GCUGGUGCUCCGCGCGCAAGGCGGACAGUACCCUCGCUUGCCCCUUAGUGUAUACACAUUUGACACGUGUCGUUUGAUUCUCUGUGCUCUGUAGGUGCUCCAACACUGACUCACUAACAUCUCUGUGAGCAUCCGGUCAUUCCGGUUGCCCUUCCCUGCUCUCUACUUCGUCUCUUCUUUUCCUCUUUCACCAGGAAUUGAAGGCUCUUGAAAGAACAUCGCAAGCUCUCACUUGCCUGUCUCUGUCUUUAACACGUCCCAGACGACAUUACCCCCACAAUUAUGCUUGACCACGUUUUGCUUUUAACCUACUGCUUAGUUUCAACUGUUGUCAGAUCUCAACCAUCGGCAGAUGUGUUUCGAAGCUUUGCCGGAUACAUUCCUGAAGAUCACAGGGUGACACAUCAUGAAUGGCAAAAUUCAGGGAAGUUUCAAGGGGAUAUUGAUGGAGUCGAUCCUAACCUUCUCAAGCUCCCAGAAGGUCCAGUGCUUUUCAAUGCAUUAAAAAACAAGCAGUUAACGUGGGAGGGCGGUGUGAUCCCAUACGAAAUGGAUACGGCAUUCUCACCGAAUGAAAUAAAAAUUUUGGAAAAAGCGUUUGACAGUUACCGACGAACAACAUGCAUUAGAUUUGAAAAACGAGAAGGUCAAACAGACUACUUAAACAUUGUAAAAGGAUAUGGGUGCUACUCUCAAGUUGGACGAACUGGAGGAAAACAGGAAAUUUCUUUGGGACGUGGCUGCUUUUUUCAUGAAAUAAUUGUACACGAACUGAUGCAUUCCGUCGGAUUUUGGCACGAACACUCGAGAGCUGAUCGCGAUGAUCACAUUAAGAUCAACUGGGAUAAUAUUCUGCCUGGAAUGAAGUCUCAAUUCGAUAAAAUUUCGGCAGUGUUACAAGAUCUUCAAGGAGAAAACUACGAUUACAAAUCAAUAAUGCACUAUGACAGCACUGCGUUUUCAAGAAACGGACGAAACACAAUAGAAACUGUAGAAAAUGGAUUCACACAGGUUAUUGGGACCGCUAUGGACUUGUCACCUCUGGAUAUUGUGAAAAUCAACAAACUGUAUUCGUGUAAAACUAAGAAGAAAGAGAAAGUAAAGCCUGCAACUACCGAGGAACCUCAUCAACUGAUUCCGCAAGUUGUGGAUAAAAAUUCGGUCGAUUCUGGAGAAAAAUGUGUCGAUCAUUUUGCGGAUUGCCCGCACUUUGCACAAUACUGUACCCGUGCUUCAUUUUUCUUUGUUAUGAAAUCGUACUGUCCAUUUACGUGUAAACAUUGUCCUGGUGAUCGAAAACUCAAAAAAUCGGGAUGAUCUUCUAUCUGGUGUUAUUUAUUUUGUUGCUUAUUGUUCCAUGACGUGUGUAUAAUGUAAUUCUGAAAGCCAAUUUUUUCAUUUUUUGAAAAUAUUUAUAUAAUUUAUACUUACAAUUAAAUAAAUUACGUUUUUGCCAA